AUGAUGAAGUGGCUCGUGGCUCUGUUCGCCCUCGUGGCUUUCGGCGAAUGCUUCCAUAAGAUUCCCCUGAUCAAGGGAAAGACUGCCAGGCAAGACCUGCAAGAGAAAGGACUAUGGGAGCAGUACAGGCGGGAGCACCCAUACAACCCUAUGGCCAAGUUCUACCUGAGUGGUGCUGAGCCCAUGACCAACGAUGCUGAUCUGUCCUACUAUGGUGUGAUCUCCAUUGGCAACCCUCCUCAGUCCUUCAGCGUCAUCUUUGACACCGGCUCCUCCAACCUGUGGAUCCCUUCAGUCUACUGCAACAGCCAGGCCUGCAACAACCACAGGAAAUUCAACCCAAGCCAGUCCUCCAGCUUCAAAUGGGGUAACCAGGCUCUGUCCAUCCAGUACGGCACUGGCAGCAUGACUGGAUAUCUGGGCAUUGACACUGUUGAGGUGGGCGGCAUCUCUGUGGCCAACCAGGUGUUUGGACUGAGCCAAACAGAGGCUCCCUUCAUGGCUCACAUGGCUGCUGAUGGCAUCCUGGGACUGGCCUUCCAGUCCAUUGCCUCUGACAAUGUUGUGCCUGUCUUUGACAACAUGGUCAAGCAGAAUCUGGUGUCCCAGCAAAUGUUUUCUGUCUACCUGAGCGGCAACAGUGACCAGGGAAGUGAGGUGAUCUUCGGUGGUGUCGACAGCAGCCACUACACUGGACAAGUCACCUGGAUCCCUCUGACCUCUGCCACCUACUGGCAGAUCAAAAUGGACAGUGUUACCAUCAAUGGACAGACUGUGGCCUGUGCUGGUGGCUGCCAGGCUAUCAUUGACACUGGUACCUCCCUGAUCGUUGGCCCAUCCAAUGACAUCAACAACAUGAACUCCUGGGUUGGAGCCACAACCAACCAGUACGGAGAGGCUACAGUGAACUGCCAGAACGUCCAGAGCAUGCCUGAUGUCACCUUCACCCUCAAUGGACACGCCUUCACCGUUCCUGCAUCUGCCUACGUCUCUCAGAGCUCCUAUGGUUGCAACACUGGCUUUGGCGCGGGUGGCCAGCAGCUCUGGAUCCUGGGAGAUGUCUUCAUCAGGGAGUACUAUGCCAUCUUUGAUACCCAGUCUCAGUACAUUGGUCUGGCCAAGUCUGUGUAAUCAGAUGAAAUGGCUGA